AUAAAUGGCCCCACUAUAAUCAUAUUACGUUACGUCGCUUCCGAUUUCCGAACUUCUCUGAUACAUACCACUCUACUUUUUACCCAUCGCAACUCAUUCUAUGCCUCUUCACUAUUCCGUUCCGUUGUAUCCUCUCAGAUCAAUCUCAAACUAACUUCACACUAUCUAAAUGACAUCUAGAGUAGGCAAGGCCAAGGUUAAAUCCGGGUGUCGCACUUGCAAAGUUCGGAGAAUCAAGUGUGAUGAAGGCUGGCCCGUGUGUACUCGGUGUGUCUCCACAGGCCGGGUCUGCGAAGGCUACGGAAUAUGGGGCGGGGGUGGGAAUCAGCUCGAUCGACGUUCCGUCCGUGCCAAUAGCAGCACAAGCUUGACGGGCUUCUAUGCACCAACGCUCCUCCAUGCUGUGAGCAAGGAAGAGAGUCGAUCCCUCGAAUGGUUUACCUACCGAACCGCCUUCAAACUCCCAGGUGCUUUCAGAUUUGACUUUUGGGAUUCGCUUCUGUUCCAAGCCAUAUCGAACGAGACCGCUGUCCUGCAAGCCGUUCUAGCCCUAAGCUCAGCUCACAAGGCGGAGCGCUUCACUGUUGCCGCUUCAGAUGCGGAGCCUGUUCCAGAUGAACAGGAGCAACGCACCUUGCGCCAUUACAGUAAAGCGAUUUCUUCUCUCCAGCCUCAUCUUUUUGCCAGGAAUCAUUCGUCUACCCGUGUUGCUCUUAUUACGUGCCUAGUAUUCAUCAUAAUGGAGUUCCUCCGCGGCCAUUACAGGACGGGCAACCUCCAUCUUCAAAUUGGCUUGAGACUUUUGAACGAGUCCCAGGCUCGGUCAAGUGCAAUCGAUAAUUAUAGUUUAUUUCUAGAAUCAUGUUCCAACUCAGUCGAUGCCUCGAUUAUCCAGGCCUUCAUCAGGUUCGAUGUGCAAGCAAAGUUCUUGGGUCAUGGGUCGGAGUACCUAGACUUGAUGGGUGAUGAUUACACGUCCGAGAUUCCCAGUCCAAGCUUCACAUUUCAAUCCAACAAUCAAGCAAGACAGCAUUUAGACAGGCUGCUCAGCCAAAUAUUCUUCUUAACGAACAAAUGUCGUGGUCAAGAGCUGCACCUGGGUCGAAUAUAUCCUAGUGCCAACUUCCUCGACCAACAGAAACGCAUUAAAGCGAGCCUUGCCGCGUGGCACCAAGCAUUUAAGGUCUCCACAGCAGUCUUAAAAGACAAGAAAGUAAACACGAAUAUGAUUGCGUAUUUAAUACUCCAUGUAUAUUACAGGAUCGCCAAGAUCAUGGCCGAUACUUGUGUAUGGCUAUUGGACGAGUCGAGAUAUGAUAUGCAUACGCGAGAAUUCGAAUCAAUAAUGGAGCAAGUGAAACAAAUACGCACCUAUGCAGACUCACCAACCACUGGCGGCAUAGGGCACUUUUCCGACAUGACUAACUCUGUGUCCGACCUAGGCGCGCUCCCGGCCGUCUAUUAUGUCGCUGUGAAAUGCCGGGUCCACCGAAUCAGACACGACGCUCUUGAGUUUCUAGAUGGGAUGACGCAUAAAGAAGGGAUAUGGAGUGCCCCUUUAUCUACUUGUGUUGCCCGCGAGGUCAUCAAGAUGGAAGAAGGUGACUUCUAUAAUGAAACACAUGGAGAUAACGACGUGACUUUAUAUGGCGACUCCAAUAAGGAAGGUCCAGACCCUCCUCCUCACCAGCCGACCCUGCUUGGCUUAUACAGGUUGCAUGAUGUUGAGAUUGACCUACCAGAAGGGUAUGGAGGGUCAAGUAUGGUGAAAUACAAGAGAAGAUUGCACGACUGUACGUGGGAGAUAAUUGAGAGAGAGUACGUGUACGAUAUGCCAACCAACAGUUGGUUACCGAAGUAGAAAGGGACCAAGUUAAGACGAUUAAUGCAACCGUCAAGUCAAAUGCAAUUGAAGAAGUUAUUCUUGGAAGUAUUUAUUGCAACAACCUGCUCUGAAGUUUCUCAGCCAUCCUGCAAGAGAGCAAUGAAUACUAUUAAAGAAAGAAGUGAU